GCAUUUCGUCAGCCACAUGUUCGAUCGAUUGUAGCGAAAAAAAAUUGCAAUUAACGAACUGUAAUUGUUGUGUCGGAUAUGCAACAAUCUACUACGGAACUAAAUGGAAACACUUUAAUUAUAAAAGGAGUCUUUUUUUAUAUCCUUGUUUGAGUUCUUUCAACAACUUUGUAUUUUAAAUACACAACUUAUUCUACUAAACCGGUGGAUUAUUGAUUGAAAAUAUCCGUGAUAUAAAUACGUGAAUAAAACAAACAUUAUGGUGUUCAAAGGAAAAGGUGAAAAAACAGUAUGCAUCAUUCUCUUAGACGAUGACAACAUAGAACGAGUUUAUACCUAACUGUAUCUUGGUAUUUUCAUUAAUAUUACUAAAAGAAAAAAGGAUGGAGAGAUAGACAGGCGCAUAAAAGAGGGUGGGAAGGUUAUCGGAGGUACGAACCAUUACCAGAAGUAAAAAUAUAACAAGUUAAACUAAAAUGGCAAUGUGUGAUUCUGUACUCAGACUCACUGUGCUAUACAGUAGUGAGACCUGAGUUAUCAAGGGAAGGAUAAGAGUAAAAUUAACAUGAUUGGCAUGAAAUUACUAUGCAAUAUGUGCGGUAAAAGGCUAAUUAACAAAAUCCGUAAUGACUAUAGUCUCCUCAAAAAAUGUGGUGUACAAGAGACACUGUUUGAUAAGUGUGAAAGAAAUUCGUUGAGACGGUCUGGGCACGUUAAAAGAAUGAAAGAUGAAAGACUGACGAAACAAGUAUAUCGAGGUUAAGUAAAUGGCAGCGCACAUAAAUGCAGACCGAGGUAAAAAUGAUUAGAAUGCGUGAACCUUAAUUCGAAAAGAUAAAAAAAUCCUAGAAAUACAUGAGCUUGCAUGAGGAAAUGCAUGGACGUUAAGGAAACUGUAUAGGUAUAGGUAUGCAAAUACGAGAUGAGAGCGACGAUAACUUCUCUUGACGGGAUGAUCUUUCUCCAGAAUUUUGUGAUUAAUUUUCUGUAAAUAAAGACAGUAACCCAAGAUUACCUUAAACAACGAAGGCAUUCAAUAAUUCAUGUGAACCUCGUGCCUAGAAGGGCCAUCAACCGAAUAAGAUCUGAGGUUGCGAAUGCAUUCCGAUAUCAACUCCAGGGUACGCAUGCCAAAACGAUCAAGUAGACGGCACGGGGAGGACCCGUCAAAGGCGAAAAACAUCGUCUCUUCUUAGGUCUUCAUUCCGAGCUGACCCAUAGAGUUGAAAGGAAAACAUUUGACCGAUUAAUUAAGAUCAAAUAGGCGGCUCCACCUUAUAUUCGGGAUCGAAAUAUGUAACAUAGAAAAACAGGUGCAACAACAAAUAGCAGCACUUGCAGCGCACCUCGAAUAUGCGGUGGGAAACGGGGUUCAUAUACCCGUGACACGAGACACUAUGGGCGAGCGGAGGCCAUAUCCGUGGGAUGUAGCAGGGCUACUGUCUCAUGGUCGACAGUCGUUAGGCUUGCAGCCGCCAGGGCCUGCACCUGCUCCUGCUGAACUCAUUGAAGAGGUCGAUGAGGAAAGCCUGCGUCUCAUGGUGGGCUUCACUGAUGCCAUCCUAGAGUUCGCAGAUGAGAAACCAUCAACGAGAAACGGUUGUCGGAUUGAACGCCGAGACACGGCCUCUGUGCUUGCAACAGAAUAUGAGCUUGAUGCAGGUGUAGACUCUUGCAUAUUGCGCUGCGAUCGUGUGCGCCAGGAUUUUGAGCAUAAAACUGAAAAGCCAGGUUACUAACAGCUAUGCCCCAAGAAACAUGUCAGAUUAUCCAUGCAAGUUUCCACUUCAAGGCGAUAUAUAGCAUUUUUUAUUAAAAUAAAUUGAUAUUCACUGCUGUUUUUCAUUAACAUUGCUUGAAUAACUUCGCGAUAUAUAAUCGCGUGUCAGAUGGCGCUAUUGUCAAUAACAAGCACAUUUCGUCACCGUACGAAAUAAUGCGAUCAGUCCCAUUGGCUUCAGUAGGCAUCGGAGCAUGAUAUGUAUUCUUAGAUCAUGCAUCGGAGCCUCACUCCUGCUCAACGUGAGCUCGCCAUCGUGCUUAUUUGCUUGUCUCCCGCUUCGAGUGAACUUAUUUUAAAUAAUUUACGUCGAUACUCUACUGAGAAUUUCUAUAUAGGUCCUUAUAUAGUACCCUAUCUAGAUGUGCAGUAUUAUUCUGAGGCAUUAGGUACCAUCAGAGGUACCUUAUAAGGUAUGGUCCUCCACAGGAUCCUAUAUAGGAUUCUAUGUCAUUUCCUGUAGAUGGCCCUUAUAGGUGAAACAUAUAUACUACCGUACAUACUAAAAA